UGGAGCUCAGGACUCCAUCUCCACAGUCCAGAACAGCUCGAGCGUUGCAGCCACAGACCGUAUCGUCGCUACCAUUCUUUGUACCGAAGCCGCAGAUUCUGCCUCUCAACAGACUGGUUACCCCGCGAUGUGGGACGACGAGGACAACAACCCGUAUGGGUCCUUUGCCCGCCAUGAUUCCAAUGCCUCUGAUGUUACUGGACUAGCCUCGCCGACAGCCCUGCCCUAUCGUCCAGCAACGCCGCCUUCCGAGGCAUCGUCCCCCGCGCAAGAGUCCCCGGAAUAUGUCCCGAGGAGGGACAUGAGCGAGGUCGACUACGACGAGGACCAGCAGGACGACGAACCCGUUGCGCCCAAGAAGGGCGGCUAUGACGCGCGCGUGGAGCAAUGGCUGUACGAGAAUCCAGGGCAGCUCAUCCUGAUCACGGAGGCUGGGAAAGACAAUGUCAACUUUAUACAAUACACGAUCAAUUGCGGCGGUCUUGAAGUUAAGCGCAGGUACUCUGAGUUCGCCUCGCUGCGAGCGACGCUGGUCAGCCUCCAUCCCACUCUUGUCGUACCGCCUAUUCCCGAGAAGCACUCGAUGGCCGACUACGCCGCACGGCCUACCAAGGCAAAGGAAGAUGCCGGCAUCAUAGAUCUGAGGAAGCGCAUGCUUGCUGUGUUCUUGAACCGCUGUCGAGCUAUGAAGGAAGUUAUGGAGGAUGGGGUCUUUUGGCGAUUUCUCGAUCCGCACACAAGUUGGAACGAGGUCCUGAGCAGCGCGCCAGUCGCCAAUAUCCCCAAGCAGAUCUUGAAGGCUCCCCCACUCGAUACCGCGAACCCUACACAAGCGCACAACUAUCUACCGGUUCCGUCGUCCUCGGCGAAGCUCAAGUCUGCUGGAGCGACGUCCAGCUCAGGUACACCCACAUCACCACCCAGCCAUGCCGCACUACCUUCUGCUGCUGCGCAUACCACACCUGGACCACAGAUCUUCGGUCGUUUCCCUCCAGAGUCGCGGGAGCUGUCAGAAGAAGAGCUGGAUCCCUACUUCGUCAACUUCGAGCAGUCGUCGAAGGAACUCGAGCAUCUACUGCAAGGUCCCAUGGAGAAGGUCAACAGGCGGUUACUUACGCACUUGGGUGCUUGGGGCGACGAUCUAGCAGACCUGGGCGCACGCUUCAAUGCUUUCUCGCUAUCUGAACAGUCUCAGUCGCUUGCCGCAGCGAUAGAGAAGACAGGGCAAGCAGUGGACUCCACCUACGUCUCAACCACCGAACUCUCCUCCUCCCUCAGCGCAAGCUUCGCCGAGCCCAUGCGCGAGAGCGCACAAUUCGCCGGCGUCGUUCGCGCCGUCCUCAAAUACCGCAUCCUGAAGCGGAUACAAGAGGACAUGACCAAGGACGAACUCGAGAAGAAGCGCAACCUCCUCGAGUCCCUCGAGCGCAGCGAAGCCGAAUCCAAGCGCCUCGAGCAACACCUCAGCGGCGUCGGCCACGCCCCGCAGACGCGCAGCCGCGCGCCCUCCCACAGCUCGCAGCGCAGCGACGCCUCGGAGCCCCCGCGCCACGAAGAAGCAGACCGCGUCUCCAUCGACUCCGACUUCCCGCCCACCCACGGCGACGGCCCGCCGCCCAGCAGCCACCAGGGCGCCCCCGACUCCCCGAACCCAAGCCACUACUCACCGCCCACCAGCCCGCACAAGAAGACCGCGAGCGGCAACUUCGUCACGAACAAGCUGUUCGGCUCCAUUACACACGCGUUCCGCGGCAUGGCGGACGUCGAUCCGGAGAAGACGCGGCGCGACCAGAUCGGCAAGACGCGCGACAGCCUCGUGCAUCUCGAGCAGGCGCUCGGCGUCGCGGAGAAGGACACCAAGGACGCCAGCACGGGCGUGAUGCGCGACCUGCGCCGGUUCCAGACGGAGAAGGAGAACGAUCUGCGGCGCUACAUGAUGGAAUUCGCACAGUGCCACGUCGACUGGGCGAAGCGCAACAAGGCGGCGUGGGAAGAGGCCCGCGCCGAGGCGAGUAAUAUCCAGCACCCGGCGGACGAGUACCCGCGGAGUACAAACGACAUGUAGAGUGAGCGGACAGGGGGGUAGUAAUACAGUAAUGAAGACCCCACGCAGGCGAAGAUGCGCCGCGUGGGACGGUAGAGAAUCAUGCACUCAAGUACUGUCAUUGAAUAUGCUGCAA